GCAAACCACACAAUUUAAUUUGUUCAUUUCCGGUUAUUCAACUGUGUGUGUGUGUGUGUGUGUGUGUGCGCGCGAUAGUUUGAGGCUGUAUCUGUUGUCAAACGCCUCGUUUCGGGGUAGCUCGAUAGCUGAUGCCAGUUGGACCGUAUCGAGCACUUGUCAAAACUGAACGCAAAUAAUUACCAUGAAAUGAUAAAACUGUGAUGUGUUGUGUAUUGUUUGUUUAACGGUCUGGUGAUAUCACUGCUUCAUCUUUUUUAUAAUUGUGGGUCAAAAUUUGUUACCAAUGCACUUUUCGCGGAACAAGAUGCCGGGAAAAUAUGCCCUGGUACGUCUUUUUAUAGCGCUUUGCUUCUGGCACGGUAAAUGUGUACUCGGUGAGUUGCAACUGAGUCCGAUAAAUGGAUGUGGACCGGCCGGAGGAGAGUGUGUGCCGAUAUCACGGUUUCCUUCUCAUGAGACCGAUUUGGGUCCGUGCAUAACAGUUUUCAAUACAGAAGGGUUAUGUCGCCAUAAAAAGGCCAAAAAUGUGGCUCACUACAAGAGACGCAACCAGGGGCAUGAUAACGACCACGUGCUGGCAAAUGCUUUACACAAGGGACAGCAGAUGUAUGCAGAUAAACUUCACCAUAUUAACCAGAACCUUGCGGCCAUGACCGCCAAAGGCAACACCGAGCCUCUGUUUCACCCGCUGUUGCAAACGCCGCUCCAGGAUGAGGCUAUUUCGGAGCAUCACGAUAUCUAUGAGAAAGUUUUCGCAAGCAAACAUUUCGCCGAUGCCAUCAAUCUGACCAUGGAGGAACGCCAGAUGGACCACUUUGCUCGAAUGCCCAGGCACAGACGGAAGCGUUGUGUUGAGGCCGUCCAAUGUGAUCCACACGCACAUUACAGGUCCUUCGAUGGCACGUGUAACAAUCUGCAUCCGGAACGAACUAGUGCCGGGGCGGCAGGUUAUCCGUUCCAUAAACUACUCCCACCUGCCUAUGAGGAUGGGGUGUGGGCUCCAAGAGUACACUCUGUGUCGGGCAAGUUAUUACCGAGUGCCCGAAUCAUUUCCGCUACCCUGCUGGCCGACCUGGACCGACCGGACCUCAAGCUAAACCUCUUGCUGAUGCAGUUUGGUCAGUUUAUCGCACACGAUAUCACUCGAAGUUCAAGCAUUAAAAUAAAUAACCAGGAAAUCGAAUGCUGCUCUCCGGACGGUUCGGCUGCUCUUCAGGGGGAUCAGCAGCAUUUUGCCUGUCUCCCGAUUGAAGUACCCCCGAAUGACCCGUUCUAUUCAAAGUUUGGCGUUCGCUGUCUCAACUUCGUUCGGCUCGAACUAGCUAGGGGAGGCAACUGCAAGCUGGGACACGCCAAACAGCUCAGCAAGGUUACCCAUUUUGUCGAUGCAUCCACGGUGUACGGAUCUAGCUCGGAACUUGCGGCUUCCCUUCGAACGUUCAACAAAGGACAACUGCGCAGCACGUUCCCCGUGGGCAUUGAAAUGCUUCCGUUCAACAGAAAUCCGGCCGUUUGCGAACCCUGGGCUAGGGUUUGCUUUGAAGCAGGGGAUGAUCGAGUGAAUCAGAUUGUUUCACUGGUGCAGGUUCAAAAUUUGUUCCUGAGAGAGCACAACCGUAUCGCAGGGAUUCUGACCAACGUGAAUCCCCACUGGAGUGACGAAAAGGUGUACCAAGAAGCGAGGAAAAUAGUGGUGGCAGAAAUUCAGAAGAUACUAUACAACGAGUACCUCCCGAUCAUUGUUGGAUGGAAGAAGGCGAAGUUUUACGGGCUAGUAGAUGAUUCGGAAGGUCAUAUAGAUUCGUACAACCAGAACAUCAAACCUGUGGUAUUCAGCGAGGUUUCUGCUGCCGCUUUCCGCUUUGGCCACUCAACCGUUGACGGACAUUUUCGCAUACAGCAUCGUAAUGCUCCUACGGAAAGAAUUCCCAUUCAUGAGGUGUUCAAUGAUCCCUCCAGGCUCAUGGACUCCAGUAGUUUCGACGAUUACAUGCGAUCCCUUGGCGAUCAACCGCAGCAGCAGCUGGAUAGCUCCGUAACGCUUGGUUUGGCUGGAUUCCUGUUCGCCGGAAGGCAACCAUUUGGUUCCGACCUGGCGUCUCUCAACAUUCAGCGCGGUCGUGAUCAUGCCCUUCAACCGUACAACGCGUAUCGGGAUUGGGCUGGAUUGCCGAAAGCCAGAAGCUUCCAGGAGUUCGGAUCGGCGGGCAGCCAACUGUCACAGGUUUACGAGCACCCAGAUGAUGUUGAUCUCUGGAUUGGGGGUUUGCUGGAGCCCGCUGAGGAGGGUGGAUUGGUGGGCCAUACCUUCGGUCAUCUAAUUGCGGAACAAUUUGCCCGUCUGAAGUUUGGCGAUCGUUUCUAUUACACCAACACGGACAAAAUCAACCCGAGUGCUUUCACGAAGCACCAGCUGCACGAGAUUGGAAAGGUUUCACUUGCCAGUAUCAUAUGUGCCAACGUCGACAAGCGCUUUGAUUUUUAUCAAGCUCCUCGCGCUUUUCUGAAAUCGAGCCAACACAACGUCCCGAUACCGUGCGAGAAGUUUGGUGAUUUCGAUUUUAGUGCUUGGAAGCACUAGGUGAAACAGGCGAGGUUGUGUUAGUUUGUCAUUUUUUAAAAAUGUUUCGAAAGGAACAUUAUCGAAUUUAAUCAAUGUUAGAAAUGUAUUGAUGUAUAAUUGUGAAUAAAGUCUAUCAUUCA